AUGGGCAGUUCGACGUCACCAGAACCCAGUCCUAGCGCGCUCGAUGUGGAUAGAUUUGACUUUCCUGUCGCACAGAAAGAUUCCGAUGCAGAUAAACAUCGGUUUGAAAGUGGAGGGAGUUUUUAUGAAGACGAAGUGUUGAAAACUGCCAAGAAAGAUAUUGCGGCUUUUCUUGGGUUAGAG